AUGGGUGUUUCCUUCAAGGUCUCGAAAACUGGCUCCAGGUUUUGCCCCAAGCUUCUUCCCUCUUCUCUUCAACCUUCCCAGGAUGACCAAUCCCAUAGUUCCAGGGCUCCGAGUGAUCUUGUUGAGGCAGGUGAAAACAUUGCUGGAAUUUCCAAUUCAUCCAUUUCGCCUGAAACUGUUUCAUUAGCAGAGAGGGAAGCUUCUUUUAUGUUGAAUCUGUUCCCAGAUGGUUAUUCUAUUGGAAAACCCUCGGAGAAUGGUGCUGCAAAUCAGUCAUUUCCGAAGUUGUUACUACCUUAUGAUAGAUCAUCCGAAACCCUUUUCUUGGCGAUCGAGUCAGGUCACUUGCCUGGGGAUAUUCUGGAUGAUAUACCUGCCAAAUAUGUUGAUGGGGCACUUAUAUGCGAGGUGCGUGAUUAUCGAAGGUUCUCUUCUGAAAAGGGAGCUGGCAUGGUAUCCACAGAUAGUUCCCCGACUAUUGAUAAAGUAUGCCUCAAGAUGUCAUUGGAAAAUAUUGUGAAGGAUAUCCCAUCUAUUACUGAUAAAUCUUGGACAUAUGGUGAUCUAAUGGAAGUUGAAUCGAAGAUACUGAAAGCAUUAAAACCAAGCCUUCAUCUAGAUCCUACUCCAAAGUUGGAUAGGCUGUGUGAAAGUUCAGUUCCAACAAAGCUUAAUUUGCAGAGAAAGCGAUUAAGGAAUAUCCCAGAGUUUACUGUUACUUCUAGUAAUAAAACCCAUGGGAAAAAGGUAUGCAUUGAUAGAGUACAAGAGAACUCAAAUAGCAGGUUGGGUGAUCCAGGAAUCACUACAUCUAAUGCUACUGGGCAACAGACUCUUGAAAAUCAAGCAAUGCAAAAUCUUAACUCAAGCUUUGCCAUGGCCAUGAGAUCUAAGAAUAUUAUGCCAGAUUCUUCUAUCCCUGGAUUUUCUAUGAUGUCUCAGCAAUCAAGAUAUCCAAUGACUGUUGGAACUCCAAGAAGCUUGCAGGAGCAUGGAUCAAUAUCUGGUAUUAAUUCAUCCGGGGCUUCUCCUGCUGCCCAAGAUGUCAUGAUUUCCUAUGCUGAUAAUCCAAACGCAAGUGUAUCUCUUCAUGCAAAAAGAGAGUAUCCGGAUGGACAAUCAUCACCUUUAUCAAAUAUUGCAAAGAGAAUGAGGUCUGCUUCCACAGGUGUUGAUGCAAUGCAGCAGCAGCAAUUAGGCUCACAUGUUGACGCACUUCAAGGAUUAGAUAUGAACUGGCAGAAUACACUAUUACAACAACAAGCAAUAGCCAGGGGUAUUCAGUAUAACAGUAGUGGCAUUCAGAAUUUUCCCCGGCAGGUUUUUGAAGGAGGGUUAAAUCAAGAAACUGGGGCUAUUCAAUUUACUUCUGGUCACCAGGGCAUGAGAUUAGUUGCCAAGGAAGAACAAUUUGAAAUGGAAAGAAUAGAUGGUGCAGGGAUAAAUCGAAAUAAAAGUGAGUGGAAGAUGGGGGAUGUGUUGGAGGAAGAAAUUAGAGUGAUCAAUAAUACAGUGGGGCCUAAGGAACAUGUUAUUUGUGCUUUAUCUGGCGGUGUUGAUUCCACUGUUGCUGCUACUAUAGUUUAUAAAGCUAUUGGGGAUAGGCUUCAUUGUGUUUUUGUUGACAAUGGCUUGCUCAGAUCGAUUUCUCACAAAGCUAAAAGGUGUGACGGAUCCGGAAGUUAA